UCAGGCGUCGUCUUGUCUUACAGGUUUCUCACAAUGAAUUCGUGUCGAUGGGGGACUAAAUAUCGCGUGCUGUUCCUGAUAGCCAUUACACUAUGCAGCUUGACACUUUUCCACUGGACAAUGAGACCUCUCCCGCUCUCCCCACUUGACCAGAGACUGGUGGGAGAGCGUGACGUCAUCCGCUCUUUCCAGACGAUAGAGCUGGACACAAUGGACUUGGUGGCUCACAAAAACGGCUGGGUGGGAUUCCAGGAUCUUAAAGCAGUAGACUGUACGUCUACCCUCACGGCCACGAGUGUAGACAACUCCCAGUACCCACAGUCUGUGCCCAGGGUCACCGACGCGCAAAUAGAGCAGGAUGCGGCUGCCGAUUGUCCAAACUUUAACAGGAAGUACGGCUUCCAGCGCUACCCGGAAGUGACGGAGGAGGAGAGUGACUUCCCCUUGGCCUUCAUCAUUCUCUUUUACAAAGAUCUGGAUCAGGACCAAUCUGGAAAUGGUGCAGAUACUCAAACUGUACAGAGGCGCGAACGACAUCGAAGGCAUGACGGGAAAAAGACUGCUGCAUAAGCGUUUCCGGCUCAAACAUCGCUAUCAAUAUGACGGCAAGACAGGUCGCCAGAAGAUCGUGAGGACUGGACAGAGGAACCCGCCACCCCCACACAACUUAAUGGUUGUCAAAGGGAGCGCCUACGGCACGUACUCAAG